AUGAAUUUUGGAUAUUACCUUUUAAUUUUCCCGGGAGACUUAGGAGAUGAAGAUGAUUCAGCAGCAAGAGACUUAGUAGAUGAAGAAGGCACGGCAGCAGGAGACCUAGGAGAGGAAAGAGGACACGACAAUAGAGUGUUCUGUCGUGAAGAGCCUGGUUGGGUGGGAGGAGAUAGGGCAUGUGGCGACCGGGGCAAGCUAAUAGGUGAAGAAGCAAAUGGUGUAUUUAGCACUAGUAGUGUGGGGCUUGCACUGAGGGAAGAGGUCUGA